AAACGGACUAAAAUCUCACCUUCCUGCAGACCAAGAACCCUAGACAAAGGCGAGGUGUCUGCCUAGCCCGCGCCCCAUGGUAAUUCUACUGGCUCCAAUGGGAACACGGCUUAAACGAAGGGCGGCUCUGAAAUACGAUCGGCCCUAGGAAACCACGGGGAUAACUCAUGAGAUGAGUAUUGAUCAAUACCACCCUCGAAUAAAUGCAUGCGGCUUGGACUUGGCUGCAUAGGUUGACAGCUAGGCGUCUGGCGUGGCGAUGGUUUGGCAUGUAUAAAGGCAGUGAUCCUGUCUUGAUUCUCCUGGAGAUUCAAACUACAUCCUGUUUCCUUGCAAAGCAAACUGAUUCAGCACCAAGCCGCUAGGUACUUCUUCAUUCUUCAUCCAUUGAACCAAUACAAGACAAACCAGACCUUCCAUCCACCAUGAAGCCCAUCACCUACAUCGCCCUAGGCGCAGCCCUAGCCACCUCCGCCCUGGCAGCAGACACAACAACAGAACUUAGCGUGUUCAACGCCGGUGAAACAACCAUCCCCUUAACCGCCAUCGCAGCCAGCAUCGUUAAUGUCCAAAACGACCUCACCACCUUGGCUUUGGACUGCAAAGGCGGCGAACCAACCGCAGAAUGCGAACUCAACGACCCCGUAACCAUCACCGCCGGCCCAUCAACCUUCACUCUGAGUGCCAUAUACGCAACCAAAAUCCAGGGCAUCAAUGUUAAAUACACCCUCGUCCAAGACUGCGACAUCACCGGCUCCACGCAGAAGGCUGUCUGCACGGUUUCCGCUCGCGCUGAGGCUUCCUCGGAUGGCGUGAAGACUGCUACCUCCACCUCCGCUGUGACGACGUGGUCGUCGGAGGAUAUCUAUUAUGAGCCACUUGCUAUUACUGCUGGUGUGGAGAAGUUGAAUCCUACCGGAUCUGUUGGUCAGACUACCACUAGCGCGGCUGGUGGUGCUGCUCCUACUUCGACUGACGAUGCGGCCGCUCGGCAGACUGGGCUUGGUGGGGCGGCUGCUGUGGCUAUUGCGGCUGCUGUUAUGGGUGCCCUUUAAUUAAGCCUUCCAUUUGGUUGUUUGUUGUAUCCUACUCUGUAUAGGUUUGGUUCUUUUAUCGAUGACAUGCAUAUGUUCAUGAAACAUGAUAUCCAGUUAUCAUCCGAUUAAUGACCAUGAUUUGACUGACC